AACCCUACAACUACAAGCUUGGAAAAAUAAUUUAACUUUGAAUCAACCCAUCCGUGCGAAGAUGAAAUAAAGGGCUGGGGAGGGGAGUAACAUAGGAUACGACACCCAUAUCUUUCUCUCUUCCAAAAAGAAAAACUCUCAUAGCAGUUGUGAUACAGAGAGACAGAGAGGGAGAGAGAGUGAGAGAAGGAGGUAACUUUUUUCAAUAUCAGAGAAAGGGUGAGAGAGAGAGAAGGGUGGGUGAGAAUGAAGCUAUCCACAAAACCCAUAUCGAGUCCGGGUCGGACCGACAAGUUCCCGCCGCCAUUGAUGAGGUUUCUGAGGAGCAAUGUGGGGAGCAGAAGCAGAGGCAGGUCACGUACAAGCCCGAUGUUUGUUAGGAAAAAGAACGCCGCCAUUGAAACACAAGAACCCUCUUCUCCGAAAGUCACAUGCAUGGGCCAAGUGCGCGUAAAGCGCUCCUCCAAACAAGCGGCUACAGCCGGACCCGGUCGGCCCUGUCGGGCCGGAGCCCCGACAAAAGGCUGGUGCAAGUGGCUCCGGAAUGCCCUGUUCUGCCACCAUAUCGCCCGGAAGAUCAAGUCCAAGUCGUGCCGACCCGCUUGGCGCAAGUGCGUGUUGUUUUUCAAGGUGGGGUUUCGACGAAAAGCCAAAAUUCGAGAACAUUCACCGAAGGUGGAGGAGCAGAAAUUUGGGAAUAAUAGUGAAUUGUCAGAGCAAGCGGACGAAGAAGAUGAGAAAGAAGCAGCGAAGGUGUUUGUGUGUGAUUCUUCUUCACCACCAAAGAACGCUUUGUUGUUGACUAGGUGUAGAUCUGCUCCUUACAGAUCUUCAUCUUUAGCCAGUAGAUUCUGGGGUUCACCGCUCAUGGCGGAAGAAACACAGAGAGCAGAGCAGGAAAACAGAGAGGAGCACGCAGAGACUGAGAAACCGACUUUGGAUCAAGAAUCGAGAAUAGGUCCUGAGACGGAGGGAAAGUUGGAUUUUUUGAAAGAAUUUGAAGGUCGUCCAAUUACAGAACGAUUCCUCAAAUCCGAAAAUCUCGAACAAUUGAAAGCAGGGGAAGCAGUAGACUCUGUACAGCCUCUCAUACUCACAAGGUGUAAAUCAGAACCAGCAAGAACUGCAGAGAAGCUCUACGCAGAUAUGAAUUUCUGGAAACAGAGCAGGUUGGGACUCACUGAUUCACACUCCCCGUAUGUUUUGUGAUUAAUUAAUUACUAUUUUUUUUUUAAUCUUCUUUUAUUUGGGUAACUCAAUUAUAUUGCCUAUUUUUCUUUUUUUCUUUCUUUAUAUACAAUUACAUGUUGGGCUGUACGAGAGAAUCUGUAUGGCGCUUUCUUUCCUUGGUAGUUGAUAGUAAUAUAAAAGGGUUAAGUUGUUCGUA